GAACCGAGAUUGCGACGAACAACCAGGAAGCGGCUGGGUUGAGAGCUGUCCCCGGUUCUCCGUUCUGCUCUCGGGGGCACCUUCCGGGGUUCCUAAGCCGCGGGGCCCCUCGCCGCCCCUCGAGGCCCCUUCCCUGACCUAGGCUUUGGCCUGGGCCGCUCGUUCCGGAGCCGCCAUGUCGUCCGACUUCGAAGGUUACGAGCAGGACUUCGCGGUGCUCACUGCAGAGAUCACCAGCAAGAUUGCGAGAGUCCCACGACUCCCGCCUGAUGAAAAGAAACAGAUGGUUGCAAAUGUGGAGAAACAGCUUGAAGAAGCAAAAGAACUGCUUGAACAGAUGGAUUUGGAAGUCCGAGAGAUACCACCCCAAAGUCGAGGGAUGUACAGCAACAGAAUGAGAAGCUACAAACAAGAAAUGGGAAAACUCGAAACAGAUUUUAAAAGGUCACGGAUCGCCUACAGUGACGAAGUACGGAAUGAGCUCCUGGGGGAUGAUGGGAAUUCCUCAGAGAACCAGAGGGCACAUCUGCUCGAUAACACAGAGAGGCUGGAAAGGUCAUCUCGGAGACUAGAGGCUGGAUACCAAAUAGCAGUGGAAACCGAGCAAAUUGGUCAGGAGAUGUUGGAAAACCUUAGUCAUGACAGAGAAAAGAUACAUCGAGCACGUGAAAGACUUCGGGAAACAGAUGCUAAUUUGGGAAAAAGCUCCAGGAUUCUGACGGGGAUGUUGCGAAGGUAAGAGCAAGAGUCUCGCUGUUGCCCAGGCUGGAGUGCAGUGGCGCGAUCUCGGCUCACUGCAGGCUCCGCCCCCCGGCGUUCACGCCAUUCUCCUGCCUCAGCCUCCCGAGUAGCUGGGACUACAGGCGCACGCCAUCUCGCCCGGCUAAUUUUUUGUAUUUUUAGUGGAGACGGGAUUUCACUGUGUUAGCCAGGAUGGUCUCGAUCUCCUGACCUCGUGAUCUGCCCGCCUCGGCCUCCCAAAGUGCUGGGAUUACAGGCGUGAGCCACCGCGCCCGGCCAUCUUAUUUUUACAAAGAUACUUGGCCAAGCGAACAUACUGCUAAGACCUCUUUCAGCACCUUGGAAGGAGCCCAAACAAGUGAAGGACUGACCCUGAAGCCCAGAAUGAAGCCGAGAAGCCACGUGUGAAUCUCCUAGGAGAUUUGUGCAAGGUUACUCAGGUAGCAAGAGGCAGAGCUGGGAUUUGAACUCAGUCUUUAGAGGCCAAUUUAAGAAUCUUUUAAAUUAUGCUAACUCAUGUCUUGUAUUACAAAACCUUUCCCUUCCCUAUCCCACCUUAGUGCUCAGUAAGUACAUAGCCAUUGGUCAACAUUUGCUACAGAAAAAAUAGACAUCUAAGUCUCAAAACAGGUUUGCUAUGUUCUUGAUCAUGUUUAGGCCAACUUCCUUGAAGACUCUGGAAUUUCAUGUCUAUUUGAAAUCAAUUUUAUGAUAUAGAAUUUCAGAUAACUCUGUACGAAACAAAACUCACUGCCUCUACACCACCCAUGUUAUAGAAACCACGUUGCUCCUCAGUCAUCUGGGAGUAUUUCCCAGCAUGCCCCAAGGACUGAUAAAUAUAGUACAGUCCUUAGGUUUAUCCUGGUGUCCCUAAGAGUCACAGUUCGGAAAUGGUGGGACACUCUUAAUUAGAAGGGGGACAGCCAGCAGCGACCCUGCUUUCAGUGCCCUGGCACCUACAGAAAAAAGCCUUUCUGUCUGAUAAACCCUCUGGUGUCUGCAGCCCACCGCUGUACACAUGGGCGGAACUCGCCCUCACAGAACAAGUGUGUUUGCCAAAACAGGGAGUGAAGUAUCUUGCAAGGCCACUUGUUCCAGAAGAAAGACAGGAUAAGGGAAGUGGCAGAAACAGUGAUAGGGAAGGAGUUUUUCCACGUUAACAGGAGUGAACCGAUAAGCCUGACCUUACAGACAAAUGUUGAGGGUCCUAAGAGCACCUCUCAGGCCAAAAUUAACUGAGCAAAUUUGACUUGGCUUCCCAUUUUAUAAUGGAAAAAAUUCCUAGGGAGAAAGAAAACUCAACAUUGGCUGCUAUCACGGCUGAUGGAUUUGACUUCUUAUCUGCCAGAUUUUCCUACUAAACAAGUCAAUGGAAUCACUUUCUAAUAUGUCCGAACUAGAAGGUUGCGUGAUAAAAAUAUGUUAAUAAUAUUAUCAUUCUUACAGUCCCUGGGCCAAGAAUGUUUACAGUCCUUAUCUCAUUUAAUCCUCACAAGAACCCUCUGGGGCUAUUUCAAUUUACAGACGAAGAUAGUGAGACUCAGAGAGGUCCAGACAUUUACCCAGCCCAGUCACACAGCCAACAAGCGGUGGAGGCCAGAUUUGAACUAGGGCAGUCAGAUUCGGGGACCUGUGCAUUUAUCCACUGUUACACAGCAAGGUCCGUCUGAAUCGUAUUCCUGUCUCUCUCCUCGGGACUCCACCGGGCCUCCACACACUUCCCAUAAGUGGGGAAUGCCUUAAGACACUCUCUGAGUGUUACCCUGUGAUGUGGGUAAAGCAAACGGGAGCUAUUUUUAUCAUCUGCCACAAGUAUUCUUAUUAGCAUGCAUUGCUUAAUGACGGGGAUGCGUUCUGAGAGUUCAUCAUUGUGCGAAUAUUACAGAGUGUGCUUACACAAACCUAGAUGGUAAAGUCUACUACACACCUAGGCUGUAAGGUAUACCCUAUUGUGCCUAGGCUACACUCAUGUACAGCAUUUUACUGUCCUGAAUACAAUAGGCAGUUAUAACACAAUGGUUAAGUAUUUGUGUAUGUAAACAUAGAAAAGUUACAGUAAAAAUACUGUAUUACAGCUAUAGUUUCCGUUGUUGACCAAAACGUUGUUAUGUGGCCGAUGACUGUAAUUGUUUUGUUUUGUUUUCUCUUGGGGUGCCUAGAAUAAAACAUAAGAAUAUUGGUAAGGAAGCAAAAUAAAUAUGUAUUGGUCCCCAAAAGCCUUGAUACAUGCUUGAUUCUUCAACCUUACGUGGAGACCGGGUUGUGUAGAAGGAAGCCCUCAAAGAGGAAUAUGGAGAGUGUGGCUUCUUCCUUCUGGCAAACUCAGAGUUCAGUGCUGCCCCUUUGGAGGCUGGAACAAGGUUCCCCAUGUGUUUCUCAGUUGUACCUAGCAAUUUCCCUAGGAAGUUUUUGAAAAGUUUCCAGGGGUGGCAGCCACACUCACAUGGCCCAGCUGGAGGAUACAGUGGCAAUCCAACGCCCAGACAGGGUCCUGGGUGAAACGCCUCAACGAGGACUCCUAGACCAAAGCGGAGAGGAAGUGAUGGGCCAAGGCAACAAGAGGGAGCCUUGGGAGAAUGCAUGCUCCAACCCCUCAUCUCAUAGGUGGAGAAACUGAGGCCCAGGUAGAGGAAGUGACUUGCUAAAGGUCACUCAGCUAAUCUUGGUGGAGCCAGCACUAGGAUUCCUGACAAGAGACCCUUUCCACCAUAGGCUGCUGACAUGCCCAGCUCAGGGCAACGUCACCCACCCAGACAGGUACCUCCCACGGCAAAGCCUAAAUACACAAUGAUAGAUUAGUCAUACAGCGAUCCAGUUUGGGGUUGCAUUUGAAAAUUGUACUGAAAAAAACAAUAACCAGAGAGGCUUUGCCCAUUUUUCUCAGGUGGCUAGAUUGUCAGUGUAGAACACUAAAAAAGCUAUUUAAAUUAACUCUAUUUUAUUCAUACAGUUGGCGACUCAUCUAUAAUAACACAUGUUGUCACAUUACCUGAGCCAGUCGAGUUUUCUCCAGAUUUAUAUUCCACAGCAGAGAUGCAGGGAAGUUGCCCAACAAGUCCUUUAUUACUUAUUCUGAAACCCAAGAUGUGCCCUGGAUAAUUAUACACAUGUACGAAUAACUCACACACAAAUGACACCUGUUACCCUUUUUUUUUUUAAUUGAGAAACCUUGUUUGAAUAUACUUGGAAAGGGAUGGGAAAAAUCAAAUUAUUGUUCACAUCAAUCUAUCUUUGCCAUGAGAAUAUUUUUAGAAAAUGUUUUGUCUUUUUUUUUUUUUUUUUUUUUGAGACGGAGUCUCACUCUGUCGCCCAGGCUAGAGUGCAGUGGCACGAUCUCGGCUCACUGCAAGCUCCGCCUCCUGGGUUCACGCCAUUCUCCUGCCUCAGCCUCCCGAGUAGCUGGGACUACAGGUGCCUGCCACCACGCCUGGCUAAUUUUUUUUUUGUAUUUUUAGUAGAGACGGGGUUUCACUGUGUUAGCCAGGAUAGUCUCAAUCUCCUGACCUUGUGAUCCACCCGCCUCAGCCUCCCAAAGUGCUGGGAUUACAGGCAUGAGCCACUGUGCCCAGUAGAAAAUGUUUUGUCUUACAUGCUUUAAGUAUAUUCUUAUCAAAACCUUGGAGUUACAGAUUUAGUUCAUUCGAAUUAUGGAAAAGUCUACCAUAUGACCCAAUGAGUAAAACCAAUCUUCAUUGUCAAAUAAAACAACGAGGUAGACUGAUUUUCUAACAGAACAAGUCUGACGUGAUUUUUUUUCUGUUUAAAUAAAUGCAUUAAUACAUGAACCAAGGACAACCACAUCACUUCUGUUCUAAUUCUAGGGUAGUUGGGAAGCCAGUCCAGUGGCCUUAGGUGGAUUUAUGGAGUGUGGAGCUUUAAGCCUGUCUGUGAAUUUGGCAUAUGGGGCAGAAGGCACUUCCACCAUCAGUACUGCUUACUGACACUCUAUUUGCUUUGUCCUCACAAGACUUUCUCAGAAAAACUACAUUCUUUGAAAAUGAGGUAGGGGGUGGAAAAUGUGAAACCAUCAAUGAAGAUUGUCAAAAGUUGCACCACCCUAGUCGACAAUACAUCUGAAUUCAGAUCAUCCCAACAAGCGUUGAACGCUGCUUCACCCUUGAUAGGAAUACGUGUAAGACAGGGAGAAACUCAGAGCUGUAGCUGGGAUCUGUGGCCCUUGGUGAAAGGAGUAGCUGCUUACAGCAGUCCUUCGUAUUGCCUGUUUGCCUCUAUGGAGGUUUUUACACUUCAGGCAGAGCUACUUAGUAAAGUGGGAAAAGGCAUUUAAGGAAAGAGAGGGAAAAGAACUGCGAGAUACCUGGAUUGCUUUUGGCGAAUAAUACAUAUAGGACGGACCUGGAAAUCAGUUCUCUUAAACUUAGCUAUGCUCUAGUUUGAAGACUUCAGGAAAAAUCCUUCCAGAUACUGACAAGAGGCCAUAUACCCAGGCAUUUUUUGCAACACUGGAGUAGCAGAAAUUUAGAAGCAACAUAAAUGUUCAUCAUUUGGCAAGAGGGUCAAUGCAGUAGCAUACUAUAUAACUAUUAAAUGAACCAUGCACACAUAUAUGCAGUUUGAAACUUACACUGAGUGAAAAGAUAAUUUUCAAACAAGGUAUAUAGGAAGUAUUAUACAUGUUGAUAUAUAUGUAGUAAAAGUAUAAAAACAGGGACAAGCUUCAGGUUAGUAGUUACCUGGAGGUAGAGAUGAAUGAGGAGGAACUGUCCCAUGUUAUCUUUUCAAAAGACCAGCUCAGCCUUCCAUGGGAUUAAAUCAAUUAUUGUCUUUGGGGAGAAACAAAGAGACUGCCUUUUUUUUUUAGUUUUGUUUUUGUUUUUGUUUUUUGAGGUAGGGUCUCACUCUGUCGCCUACACUGGAGUGCGGUAGCACGAGCAUAGCCCACUGUAGCCUCAAACUCCUGGGCUCAAAUGAUCCCCCAUCUCAACCUCCCAAGUAGCUAGGACUAUAGGCUUGCACCACCAUGCCUGACUAAUUUUGUAGUUUUUUUUUUGUUUGUUUUGUUUGCUUGUUUUUUGAGAGAGGAGGUCUCACUGUGUUGCCCAGGCUGGUCUGGAGCUCCUGGACACAAGCAAUCCUUCCUCUUCAGCCUCCCAAAGUGCUGGGAUUACGUGAGCCACCACACCUAGCCAAGACUGAUUUUUAAAUCUGUGUCUUAUGCAACAGUCUAAUGACAGAAAGGGCCUUAGAGUUUCAACUUAGGCUUUUGUGGGAGAACAAACUAAUUGAGCUGCCUCUCACCUAGGAUACUCCUACAGCCCAAACUACGAGUUCAGGAGAAUUCUAUCUUGGAAAGGGCUGAGUCUUAUUAGACUGCUUAUCCCUAAUACUCUGCAGAGUCAUCCCUCAUUUAUUUUUUAAUGAAAUUUGACAAAAUAUGUACACUAAGUCUCCUGUAGAAUGGCCAUAAUUUGUGCUUAGGAAUGCAUAAUUUUAUCAGGAUCUCUGUAAUUAGAUAUUGUGCAAUAGAAUAAAAAGCAAAUACUAUGUGUCCCAUGGCAACCUCGGCCUUUAGUAUCUCACUAUCUUUGAGAUAACGAAGGUUUCCACAGACACACGUACCACAUGGGAUUUUUAAGUAGACAUCCAGGAAGAGAACACAAGUUCCCCUGUUGGUUUUCCCCUAUUUUUAAGGGUGAGUGUAUGAAUGUGUGUUUUGUUCUCUUCCUUUUAUAUUGCCUCCUGGAUUUGGGUUGUUUUCCUUUAUCUGUCUGGACUGUAAAUGUGGAUUUGAAGGUUCAUAGUCCUGUAGAAUAACGUCAGUGCUUGAGCUAGUGUUUGGUGUGAAGUACCUAUCUUUUGAAGAGAGAGAAAAGAAUUACGACUGUGGUAAGAUUUAAGAGGAAAGAAUUAAGAUUAUGUAAGGAUUGAAGAAAGGUUUGCUGGGAAUGUGGUGUGUGUUUUAGCAGAGACCCCAAUGACCUGCCAGGGCACGUAGAGAGAGCAGGCUACUUGAGGGCAGGGAGUGGACCGCGGCCAUUUCUGUGACCUCACAUCUGGCAUGGCUAGGCACACAGUAGGUGCUCAAUAAUUAACUCCCUGCUGUUUCCCUAAUCACGUAGAGGAAAACAAUAAUGUUCAGUAAUUAACUGUUUAAAAAAAAAAAAAAAAAAAAAAAAAGCCCUGCAAGCUGCAUCUUUGCUUCUAGACCAGGAGACAGCUGCCCACAUCUCAUGGGGAUGCAGUUAGGACAUAAUUUAAAAUAUCAUCCAUUUCUUCUAAAAUGUAUAGUUUCUUUGGAGGCAAUUGUAGUCACUUUUGUAAAUAGGACCAAUAAAGGGGAUAAAAUUGUCCAUCACUCCACUGAAAUAAGGAAAUAGAGCAAGAACCUAGGAGUUAUACUACUCUACUAGAGAUUACACAUUAUAGAAUAGUGCAGAAAGCAAGCCACAUGAAAGGGUCAAUUUAAUGUCGCAUCCUGCAGAGGUGAGGAGUUGAUCUCCAACUAUUCUCAUUGGUUACACAAUCACAUUGAGGUAUUUAAAUCCUGGCAGGUGGGAGCCUUUGCUUCCUUUGCUCAACGGUGAAUUCACAUGGUGGUGCGGUAGGCAGAGGUUGCACAGCAUUCUCUAAUAGCUACAACUUAUCUAGUCUUAUCCAGUUAGGUACCAGGGAAGUGAUUACACAUGUUCAGAUACAUCAAUUUAACAGUAAUCAAAGAGUUCUUUUAACUUAGAACUCAGGGAAGUCAGGUCUGUCUUCUCAAGCUGAGAAGAACCAAAGUCAUGGUAUAGACAUAACCAUACACAGGUAAUGUAAAACUAUAAGCUGAAAACAGGUGUAGAAAAAACACGAGAAGAUGCAGUUAUGAGAGGGUUGCAGAUGUUAAUGACCAAUUCCUCCCAACUAAGCUGUGGUGAGACCCAGAGUCAGGAGCUACCAGGACUGAAUCCAGCCUGGCUCCAGCCAGGGUCCCCUUCUCUGUUGUCAUACUGAUCCCAUUUUGUCCUCUGAUCCCCCUCUGUCUU